AUGAAGGUUGAGUUCGCCCCCAUCAAUAUUCCCCUAAAGAGGAGGAUUCAGACAGUCGCCGUGCUGCAGUGGAUUUUCUCCUUCCUCCUGCUGGCAGAGUUUUGCUGUGGAUUCUUCGUGAUCCUGAUCCUGGGCAAGUUCUGGUUCCUUGCUGUUCUGUACCUGCUGUGGCUCUACCUGGACUGGGAAACACCAUGUGCUGGGGGCAGACGGUCCCAGUGGGUCAGAGGCUGGACUGUCUGGAAGUACUUCAGGGAAUACUUCCCCAUUCAUCUUAUAAAAACUUCAGAACUGAACCCAAAUCACAACUACUUACUUGGCUUUCACCCUCAUGGGGUCCUGGUAGCUGGAGCCUUUGGAAACUUUUGCACCGAUCCUCCUUUCAAAAAUUUAUUUCCUGGGCUUACUCCAUAUCUUCAUAUCAUGCCCAUCUGGUUUGGCUGUCCCUUCUUCAGAGAAUACAUAAUGAGUGCUGGAAUGGUUUCUGCAUCCAAGGAAAGUGUCUCACACGUGCUGAGCAAUAAAGGAGGUGGCCAUGCAUCCGUCAUUGUGAUCGGAGGAGCAGAGGAAUCUCUGAAUGCACAUCCUGGAAGUCUGACCUUGAACAUCCUCAACAGGAAGGGCUUUAUUAAAAUGGCCCUGAAACAUGGGGCUCAUCUGGUCCCGGUGUUUUCCUUUGGUGAAAAUGAACUAUUCAAGCAAGUUGCAAACCCCAAAGGUUCAUGGCUCAGGAAUGUACAGGAGAAGUUACAAAAGAUAAUGGGCUUUGCUUUACCACUAUUUCAUGCUAGAGGAGUAUUCCAAUACAGUUUUGGCUUAAUACCUUACAGGCAACCUAUUAAUACAGUUGUGGGAAGCCCCAUCCCUGUAAAACAGAACUUGAACCCCACCACUGAAGACAUUGAUCAGCUACAUGCAUUGUAUCUACAGAAACUAAAGAAAUUAUUUGAAGAACAUAAAAGCAAUUAUGGCAUCCCUGCACAUAAAUCUCUCAUCUUCGAGUAGCAAAUUACAAUUUGUAAUUCUGAAUUUCAUGCGAAGAAACAGUGUCUGCUGAAAGAUGUCUUUCUUGCAAUCCAUAGUUUGCAACCUGUAAUUAUCCUUAUGUAAGGAAU